CCUGGCUGAGCCGGGUAACAUCGCUCGCAAGUGACAGUGGGGGACGCCCGAAGUUAACCUCGUCAAGAGUUACUCCGAGUGGGACUAAUUGACGUUCUUAUCCGAGUUGCGAAAAGUGAAUCCGUAAAAAGUAGCCAUGCAGGGUUAUCAACGGAAUUUCGAGGACCAGCGGGAGGAGGAGACCAUCGUGGUCGACCUGGUGCCGCCUCAGUACCAGCUCAGUCCUCCUCACAGCCCUCCCUCCGGGAUGCCAAAAACGCCAGAGAAGGAGUCGCCAAACUCGCAGCAGCAGCAGCAACAGCAGCCGCUGUCGUCGAUGGACCCGAACAUCCGCAGAUACAGGACCGCGUUUACCCGGGAACAAUUGUCCCGGCUGGAGAAGGAAUUUCACCGGGAGAAUUACGUGAGCAGGCCGAGGAGGUGCGAACUCGCGGCGCAGCUGCACCUGCCCGAGUCCACGAUCAAGGUGUGGUUCCAGAACAGGCGCAUGAAGGACAAGCGGCAGCGCAUGGCGAUGGCGUGGCCGUACGCGAUGUACACGGACCCGGCGCUGGCGGCGACGCUGCUCGCUGCGGCGACCGCGACGUUGCCACCUCCGGCGUACCACGGGGCGGCAGGGUUGCCGACGGCGCACCUCGCGCCGAGCUACCCCGCGGCCGCGGCCGCGGCCUACUACGCGGCGCGCUACAGCCCCUAUCCGGGGCCACCGACCGCGCCGACCUCCGCCUCGGCCGGCCUGCACCGUCCGCACGCGCAGGCGCCGAGCUACCCCCACCCGCACCUCGUGCAGCCGCACCCGGCACUGCCGGCGCUGCCAGCGCUGCACCUACCUACCCUCGGCAGCGGCUCGCCGUUCGGCCCCCCGCCGACCUCCGCGGCGGCGCCCACCUACCACCGGCCCAGCCUCCCCGAGCUGAGCCCCUCUCACUCCGACACCUCGAGCGAGUGUGACUGCGGGGCCGCGCACCCGCAUGCGCAUAUGCCCCCCUCGGCCAACCCACGUGACAAGGCCAGCCCGCCGCUGAAGCUGCCCCUCGGAUUGCCCGCGCAAAUUCAAACCAUCCAGACGGCCUUCGAGAGCAAGGGCUACACCGGGACGGCGACCAACACGAAGAUCGACCCGCCCAAGCUGUUCCAGCCCUACAAGAGCGACGUCCUCGAGAAGGCGUAGGCCAUCCUCGGCUCUAUACCGACCUUCUGUACAUAGAAUUGUAUAUAAAAAUUCAAGCCGUGGCGGCUGGA